CAAAUAUUUACUAUUUCUGAAUAUUUAAUCGUACAAGAUUAAGAAUUGGAAGAAUUAUAUAAAAAGCUACCAAUAAUUAGAUUCUACUAAUUAUGUUUCCUACUCUAGUCGACACAUUUACUCAUUAGUUUACUUAUACUGGCCCCUCUCUCUCUCUCUCUCUCUCUCUCUGUCAAAGCUUCGAAUCUCAGAAGAGUGCUUUUAAGUCUCACCAAUGUUGACACCUCAGAGAAUCGCGCCUCCUCCUCGUCCUCCUCCUCCGCAGCUCAGCUCUCCGACAAUGCUCGCUUAGGUUAAUCGUCGCGCUCUCGAAUCUCUACCGUUUAGUAGCUUCAGCAGCUGCGGCGGUGGCGGCGAUGGAGCGCCCAGCGGCGGCUACAUUCUUCAUUGAGCUUGCGGUGAUCGCAGCGGUGAUCUUCAAUUUGUCUGCCGCGGUUGGUGGUACUACUGAUCCUAACGACGUUCAAGGGCUCCAAGUUCUCUACACUUCAUUGAAUAAUCCUUCACAGCUAACAGGCUGGAAAUCAAGUGGUGGUGAUCCUUGUGGAGAAUCAUGGAAGGGGAUAACCUGUCAAAGAUCUUCUGUUGUCUCUAUCCAGAUAUCCGGGUUGGGACUGAAUGGAACAAUGGGAUACUUGCUCAACAUCCUUAUGUCACUCAAGACAUUGGAUUUGAGUAACAAUAAUAUUCAUGAUUCGAUUCCGUAUCAAUUGCCUCCCAACCUGACGAGCCUAAACCUUGCAGCAAACAAUUUGAGUGGCAAUAUUCCUUAUUCCAUAUCUUCCAUGGGCUCACUUAAUUAUGUGAACAUCAGCCGGAACGUAUUGUCUCAGGCAGUUGGGGAUAUGUUUGCGAAUCAUUCUGCUUUAGCAACUUUGGAUAUAUCCUUCAACAAUUUCACUGGUGAUCUGCCACUUUCGUUUGCCUCACUUACAAAUCUUUCAACACUCCAAGUACAAAGCAACCAAUUAACAGGUUCUCUCAACACCCUUGCCAGUUUGCCUUUGACAAAUUUAAAUGUUGCAAACAACCAUUUUAGCGGGUGGAUACCACAAGAACUAAUUUCUCUCCCCAACUUUGUAUAUGAUGGAAAUGCAUUUACAAAUGGCCCUGCUCCUCCACCACCACCAUAUACCUCACCUCCUCCUGGUAGAUCUCGCAACAACAGUAGGCAAGCUCCUCCAGCUGGUCGUACACCUGAAUCCAAUAUUCCAAGCAAGUCUCGCGAUGAAAGCAAGAGUGGGUCAAAAGCUGGACCUAUAAUAGGCAUAGUUCUUGGAUCUUUGUUUGCAGUAGUCUUGUUGCUUCUUGCACUGGUUUUUUGCCUUAGAAGGGGAAACAAGAAGGAAAUUGCAGCACGUCCCACGACAGGAAAUCUUCCUAUCAGUGGUCAUAAAGUGAAUAUGGAGAUGCAAGAGCAAAGGUCGAAGCCCACAACUACUGUAUCUGAUCUAAAGCUCCCACCAGCUGAAAAUGUUCCAGUUGAAAGGUUACAAGGGAAAAAUGGAUCUUUGAAAAGAGUGAAGUCUCCUAUAACCGCUACUUCUUAUACAAUUGCUGCUCUUCAGACAGCAACUAAUAGCUUUGGUCAAGAGAAUUUGGUUGGUGAAGGUUCUCUGGGUCGUGUUUAUAGAGCUGAAUUCCCCAAUGGAAAGAUAAUGGCCAUCAAAAAGGUCGACCAUGCAGCACUGUCACUGCAAGAGGAAGAUAAUUUCCUUGAGGCCGUCUCAAAUAUGUCACGUCUAAGGCAUCCAAAUAUUGUAGCACUGGCUGGUUACUGUGCUGAGCAUGGGCAGCGUCUUCUUGUUCAUGACUAUAUUGGAAAUGGUAGCUUACAUGAGAUGCUGCACUUUGCUGAUGAGAGAAGCAAGAUGCUAACAUGGAAUGCACGGGUUAGGGUGGCACUUGGCACUGCUCGAGCUUUGGAGUACUUGCAUGAAGUGUGCUUGCCUUCCGUUGUACAUAGAAACUUAAAGGCAGCGAACAUAUUACUAGAUGAGGAGUUCAAUCCGCAUCUUUCAGACUCCGGAUUGGCUGCACUGGCACCAAACACUGAACGGCAGGUUUCUUCGACCCAGAUGAUUGGCUCAUUUGGUUACAGUGCGCCUGAAUUUGCCUUGUCUGGAAUAUACACUUUAAAGAGCGACGUAUACAGUUUUGGUGUGGUUAUGUUGGAGCUUCUGACAGGACGUAAACCUCUUGAUAGUUCAAGAGUGAGAUCAGAACAGUCACUUGUUAGAUGGGCGACUCCUCAACUCCAUGACAUUGAUGCUCUAGCAAAGAUGGUCGACCCGACCCUAAAUGGAAUGUAUCCAGCAAAGUCUUUGAGCCGUUUCGCUGACAUAAUCGCACUAUGUGUCCAGCCUGAGCCCGAAUUUCGACCCCCAAUGUCAGAAGUUGUGCAGGCGCUGGUUCGAUUGAUGCAACGAGCAAGCAUCGUGAAGAGGCGGUUGAGCGAGGAAUCCGGCUUCACGUUCAAGGGCGCAGGAGAUAACGAGGCAAAUGACAUGUUAUAGCAGAUAUCAAUCUAUCAACAUCAGCUGAAAGCUCACAUCCUUUGCAAUUUUGUAUGCAAUUGUGUGAGGGCAAAUAUGCAGGCGGGGUUAAAAGGAAAGCAAGAAGAAGGGAGUUUGAUAACUGAAACACCAAAAAUACAAAGAAAUGUAAUUAUGUUGCAUAGAGAUGCCUGAGAAAGAAUAACUUAUUUAUACAUUAUUUUAUUCCGCUGCUAAUUGUCUCGUUUAUUUUCCAUUGGCAAAAUAUUUUACUUUUAAAGUAAAAGAAAUAAAUUAAUAAAUAAGUUUGUUCUUUUGGUU